AUGUCAUCAAGGUCAAUGGGGUCGGUAGAAGACGUUGGAGGUGACGAUGCGCCUGUUUUUCUCUUCCGCUUGCUUCUCUUCAACGAUGGCUCUGCGGUUUUUGUUGGUGAUGUUGUUUUGGUCGCUUCAGGGGACUUGCAGGAGAGUUUCCCUUUGAGGACAUUGACUGUCUCCAACGCUUCCACUCGCGUUGUAAGGGAUGAAGUCAAACUCACCCUCAAAUCACAAGAUUAG